AUUUAGAAUUGUACUGAAUGUCAGAAGCCAUCUAGUUCAGUUCCCUCAUUUUGGGGAAAGCAAGGUUAAGUAAUUUAUUUGAUCACAUAAGUAGAAUGGUAGGUGGUAUGAGGACUUCAGUCUUUUGCCUUCAGAGUCAAUGCCCUUUCCAUUGUAUUAUCACCAUCUUCCCUUUCUUGUAUUCAUAUUUUGUAGGACUUUUUUACAAUGGCUUCAAAAACUACUAUUCAGAAAAUAAUGGUAAUACUGAUAUCUGCAAUAGCUUCCUGGAUUUUUUUAAUAGUUUCUGAAAACUUCUUAAAGGUAAAAAUUGUAUUGUCACUUCUUUGCCAUGAGAAGAUUAUACUAAAACUUCUUAUCUUUCAGUGCCACCUGAAGACUUCUAAAAAUGUCCUUUCCACUGAAACAUCACUCCACACGGUUAUUGAAUUCAAAGAAAUUGAGCUGAAAACAAACAAAAUAAUCAAUCAACUGAACCAACUCAUCCCCUACAAGCCAUUCUCCCAUGUAAACACUACUACCAGUGCAGCUCACAGUGUGGCCACUCUCCUUAAUCCUAAAACUACCUACUGCAGAGGAGAACAGCUAGAUAUUCUUCUAGAAGUGAGAGACUACUUGGGGCAAAAAAAGAAAUAUGGAGGGGAUUUCUUAAGGACCAGGAUUUCUUCCCCAAACUUAAAGGCAGGGGCUUCAGGAAGAGUGACAGACUUCAACAAUGGCACCUACCUCAUCAGCUUCACUUUAUUCUGGGCAGGUAAAGUCUCUUUGUCUGUUCUGCUCAUCCAUCCCAGUGAAGGGGUAUCUGCCCUCUGGAGAGCCAGGAACAGAGGCUAUGAUAAGGUGAUUUUCACAGGCCAGUUUGCCAAUGGUACAUCCCCGGUCUUCACUGAAUGUGGCCUGGCUUUAGCCACAAGUUCUGAAUUGUGCCAGUACCUGGACUUCCGAGAUCAAGAAGCCUUCUACUGUGUGAAACCUCCACAUGUAUCCUGUGAUGCCUUGACACAUAUGAAGACCAGGAAUAGUAAAAUUUCUUAUCUUAGCAUAAAGGAGAAAACCCUUUUCCAAAGGUCCAGUGUUGGGGUUGAAGUUAUGAAAGGUUUUAAAGACAUUGAGGUCUCAAAUUGUAACAACAGGGAAACAGAAAGAGAAAAAUGCCAGAUUGGAAUGAAAGUCCCUGUUCCCAGUGGUUAUACUUUGCAGGGAAGAUGGAUUCCAACGACAUGUAGUCUUACUGAAUUUAAUGCUAUGAAUAUAAUCAAUGGUUGCUUGAAGGGGAAACUCAUUUACCUCAUGGGAGAUUCAACACUGCGUCAAUGGAUAAACUACUUCCCUAAAAUUCUGAAAACCCUUAACUUUUUUGAUUAUCAUGGAAGUGGAAAAUUUCAGAAACAUGUACUUCUGGAUAUAGAAAGACAAAUUUAUCUUCAGUGGAAAAAACAUGGACAUCCAUUUGUCACUAAUGAACUCUACUCAAUGAAAGAGGAUGAAUAUGUUACCCGUGAAAUUGACAGAAUACCAGGAGACAAAAACACAGCCAUCGUCAUUACCUUGGGACAACAUUUCAGACCCUUCCCCAUUGAUAUUUUAAUUCGAAGAGCCAUCAAUGUUCGAAGAGCCAUUGAGCGAUUAUUCUUGAGAAGUCCAGACACCAAAGUUAUCCUCAAAACUGAAAACAUAAGAGAGAUGCACAUUGAGGCUGAGAGAUUUGGUGACUUUCAUGGCUACAUCAAUUAUCUUAUUUUGAAGGAUAUUUUCCAAGACCUUAAUGUAGGUGUCAUUGAUGCCUGGGACAUGACCAUUGCAUAUGGCAUAACAAAUGUACAUCCACCUGACCAUGUUGUUGGAAAUCAGAUUAAAAUGUUCUUAAAUUAUAUCUGCUAAGGGGCAGAUACAGACUAUCAUGAGGGAUCACUCUCUGCAGAUA